UGGCUCCCUGCCAUAUUUAUUCAUGCCGGGCAAGAUGGCGGCGAUACGGACGAGGUGUUAUUGCCAGUGGACAUAAAAAGGCAUUUUAUUCAAAAAUAUAAAACCGAGUCCGAUACAUCCGUGGUGUAUUGUGUGUGUGUGUGCGUGUAUUUACCGCGGCAACAAGCGUCGACGUCUUUUUUCAUUUUAUUUUACGCGUUUCAACGUUUUUUUUUAUUUUCUUUACAAAAUGUUCACGUUGUAGCUCACCCGCUAACCGACCAGCUGGCUAACAGAGAGCUAGCUGCUAGCUAUCUAUCACCGCCGAGCCGCCGUGAAGUGGAGAAUGGGAGAAAAGCUGGAGCUCAAGCUCAAAUCGCCGGUUGGAGCGGAACCUGCUAGCUACCCGUGGCCGUUACCAGUAUACGAUAAACACCAUGAUGCUGCUCAUGAAAUCAUCGAGACCAUUCGGUGGGUGUGUGAGGAGAUCCCAGACCUCAAACUGGCAAUGGAAAACUAUGUUCUCAUUGACUACGACACCAAGAGUUUUGAGAGUAUGCAGAGACUUUGUGACAAGUACAACAGGGCCAUCGACAGCAUUCACCAGCUGUGGAAGGGGACCACCCAGCCCAUGAAGCUGAAUAAGCGUCCUUCCAACGGGCUGCUGAGACACAUCCUACAGCAGGUGUACAACCACUCAGUGACUGACCCUGAGAAGCUGAACAACUAUGAGCCCUUUUCCCCUGAGGUGUACGGAGAGACCUCUUUCGACCUGGUCGCUCAGAUCAUCGACGAGAUGGAAAUGAUGGAGGAUGACACUUUUGUAGACCUUGGCAGUGGAGUGGGGCAGGUAGUGCUGCAGGUUGCAGCAGCGACCAAUUGUAAACACUACUAUGGUGUAGAGAAAGCAGACAUUCCAGCUACCUAUGCAGAGACCAUGGAUAAAGAGUUUAAAAAGUGGAUGAAAUGGUAUGGGAAGAAACAUGGGGAGUACACACUGGAGAGAGGUGAUUUUCUGUCUGAAGAAUGGAAAGAAAGGAUUGCCAACACAAGUAUUAUUUUUGUGAAUAACUUUGCCUUUGGUCCAGAAGUAGAUCACCAGCUGAAGGAGCGCUUUGCCAACAUGAAGGAAGGUGGGAAAAUAGUAUCCUCCAAACCUUUUGCACCUUUAAAUUUUAGAAUAAACAGUCGAAACUUGAGUGAUAUUGGCACAAUAAUGCGUGUGGUGGAGCUUUCUCCACUAAGGGGCUCAGUGUCCUGGACUGGAAAGCCAGUUUCCUACUACCUGCAUACCAUUGACCGCACCAUACUUGAAAACUAUUUUGCUAGUCUCAAAAAUCCUAAACUCAGGGAGGAGCAAGAGGCAGCUAGGCGACGUCAACAGAAGGAUACAAAGGACAGUAAAAGCAAUAGCACCACACCCACAAAACCUAAAGAACAAAACAAGCAGGACUCCUGUGGGGAGGAGGAGCGUCCUAGCUUGGUGACAGUGGUCAAGCCCUCUGCCAAACCCCGAAGAGCCCGACUCUUGUCCAAAGGUCGCAAGCUGAACAACAAGAAGCGUGGUCGACCCAAGAAAGCUGCCCCGGCCGCUGAGAAGAAAAACAAGAAGAAUCAGAGCGCGUUGGAUUUGCUGCACGCCAAGACUCUUUCUGCGGCACCCCCUCAGGAUGCAUACCGGCCACCUCAGAGUCCCUUCUACCAGCUACCUCCCAAGGUCCAGCACUAUCCCUCUAGUCAACUGCUGCUGAGCCCAACUCCUCCUGGUCUGCAACAACUGCUAGAUAACAUCAAAGUUCAAUACCUCCAGUUUAUGGCCUACAUGAAGACUCCUCAGUACCGCACCAACCUGCAGCAGCUUUUAGAGCAGGAGAAGCAAAAACACAGGGACCUGUCAGGUCAGGCGGAGCAGCUUCACUCUGUGUGUCAAUCUCACAAGGACAAGAUCAAAGGUCUCUUUCAGACCAAACUUGAUGAGCUUGGAGUGAAAGCCCUGACUGUGGAGGACCUGCUGCAGGCCCAAAAGGAAAUAUCAGCUCACAAUCGUCAGCUGAAAGAGCAGACUAAGCAGCUUGAGAGAGACAUGGCCUUGCUGAGAGACCACAGCCUGUUACUGCUAAAGUCUCGAUGUGAGGAGCUGAAGCUAGAUUGGGGUUCUUUGUGUCUUGAGAGUCUGUUGAAGGAGAAGCAGGCCCUACGCAGACAGAUCUCUGAGAAACAGAGACACUGCUUGGAGUUGCAGAUCAGCAUUGUGGAGUUGGAGAAAAGUCAAAGACAGCAGGAGCUUCUUCAUCUCAAAUCCUACAGCCCCUGUGAGGGUUCCCCAUACAGAAAGAGCCUGGAAUCGCGCUCUUCCACAGACUUGGACUCCUCUAAGCUUGGCCUGUCCUCAGCCCCAGCUCUCAAUGGUGUAAGCCCAGAGUUGUCUAUCAAUGGCACCAGCUCACCCUGUUUUGACCGGGCUAACACGAAGGGGGACCUUCUUUCCCGCUAUCUGCCCAUCUCUCCUGACCAUGAGAUCAUACCUGCCACCCCUGAUGCCCGGCAGAGGCAGCAAAGCUCCUCCCACGCUCUUCCUGACUACACACGCUUCUCCCCUGCCAAAAUUGCCUUGCGGAGGCACCUUAACCAGGAUCCCACGGCCUCUGCCCACUUAAAAGGUCCGGGGCUGGCCAUACACAGGGGGGAAAUGGGUGGCAUUAACUCUCCGCUUGGAGGCAAACAGAGCUGCCCCUCUCCCAAUGCAUCCGAAGCCCAGAAUUUUCCUAAAGGUUCUGAGAGGGGUGGUAAGGAGAAGAGUCCAUCUGUUCAGGGUGACAGCAGCAUUACAAGCCUUCCAAUUAGUAUUCCUCUGAGCACUGUCCACCCAAGUAAACUACCAGUAAGCAUCCCACUGGCCAGCGUGGUGCUUCCCAGUCGUGCUGAGAGACUGAGAAGUACUCCGAGUCCUGUGUCUCAGACAGGUCAGACCAAUGGAUAUUCAUCAAGCUCAGGGCUGAUGAAUGGAGGUCUCCACCCCGAGGACCACAAUGGGGCUUCUUCAUCGUCUCCUCCACACACCAAUACUCCUCUGACAGGACCAAUGGGCCGAGGGGGUCCCAUCCAGAGCCCCCCACUCAGCACUGGAGGGGUUCUCCAGUAUGCAGAUGGACCCCCAAGGAUUCUUCCAGAAGACGGACAGGAACAUCAUGGGGCAGACUCCGAUACGGAGCUUCAGGACAGUGAACUGCGGAGGAGAAUCUUUUUCUCUUCUUCCUCCUCUUCCUCUUCAUCUUCCUCUUCGUCAGGCAGUGGAGGAAGUGCGGCCGGAGGCUCACGCCUCCACCAUCACACUGGCAACUCAGCCAAGCAGGGAUACCACAGUAACCAUGGAAACCACCACCACCACCAGUCCCCCGGCACACAGCACACUCACACACCAACACAUACAUUGUCAUCACACUCCUCUCACAGCCUCGGCUCUCAAGAAGGGCGGAAGCGGGGGAGAAGGAAACGCAGCUCUACAGGGGCUGUGACGGCCAGCGGAUCCCCAAAGAGGAGGUCAUUCCCCGGGCUCAGCUCCAACAACCACUCCUCCGGAUCGCCACUAAACAUUAACUCCAUGGUGAACAACAUCAACCAGCCUCUGGAGAUCUCUGCUAUCUCUUCCCCAGAGCAAUCAAGCCGCAGCCCCAGUGGGCCGGACCUGGACCAACCUCCCAUCUUGAAGAGAGAGCGCCCCCUGGAGCUCAAUGGCACAGGUCGAUACUCCUCAGCCCCCAGCUCUGACGAUGAGGACUCAGGAUACCCUGCUGACAGCUCCAGUUCAAGAAUUGAAAGAAAAAUUGCCACUAUAUCCUUGGAGAGCAGAGAUGGACCCAGUAGACUAGGGGAUAGUGAAAGAGGCAGGAAAUCUGGUAGCAGCAGUGGCAACAGCACAGGUAGUGAGGCCUCGUCUUCCUCCUCCUUGUCCUCUAACAGCAAAUGGAAAUCCACCUUUUCACCCAUAUCCGACCCGAAGCAACCCAACUCAGACCUGAGACAGGGGGGCUCUCCAUUUGGCAUGGGGGGGUCGAGUCGGGGCACGGACUCAGAUUCUGAUCACAAACAACACCAUCAGCAGGUGAGGAAAGGAAGUGAUGGAGAGUCGUCCAGCUACAUGACCCCCAACCCCUUCCUGAGUCAAGAUGCAGGGACCCGUGGUGGAGGCGGCAGCGGUAGCGGAGGAGCCCAGGGAGGCAGUGGUUCAGACCAACGCCAGGCCCUCCAGAAGCAGAAAGCCCCUCGCGAUUGGGACCUGAAGGCCAGCAGCAGUCUGGCGAGUCAGAAUCUCUUCAUUUCUGCAGCUGCCAGCAACGGAGCAGGCAUCCUGAGUGGGAAGGUCGGAGGCAGUGCUGUAGCAGUUUCCUCAACCACAGGAUCAUCUGUGGGUCAGUACCUGGGGUCUCAGUUCCCACUUGGAGGGACCUCAGUCUUGCAGUCCUUGUUCGGGGCCCCGACUGGCGGCUCCACGGUGAGUGGGACCCCACGGCUCGUCAACGGACACUCCGCCCUGGGAAGCUUCUCCAGUGCCGGGCUGGCAGGGGGAGCGGCUGGAGGUAUAUUUCACCACGUGGUUCCCUCAGUCUCCUCCCAUCAGUUUGGGGCAACGCUGCCCACCUCUGGAGGCCUCAGCUCUCUGCUCAGUCUCUCCUCCUCUUCCUCUUCCUCCUCCCAAACCCAGCAGCACACCACUCCCCAACCAGCCUCCACGCGCCUGGCCUCCGUGUCCUCACCUCUCCCCCUCUCCCUGUCACAGGCCCAGCACAGCCGCACCCAGUCGGUCCUGCACAGCCCUUCUCCUCCCACGCUCUCCCUGCCCCCUCCACCGCCCCUGCACAGCGCCCCCUCCUCGUCAGCAACCACGCACUCUGACGCCCUGCCAUCCUCUCGAUCAGAUUCCCUCCACUCCUCCCGUCUGUCCCACUCCUCUCUCCACCAUCAGAGAGCGCAGUCAUCCCUCUCUCUCUCCAUCUCCUCCUCCACCUCUGCCUCCUCUGCUCCUGUCUCUGCCGCUGCCGCUGCUACCGCCUCCCUCUCUUCCUCCUCUCUGUCAACCUCCUCCUCGUCUCGUCCAUUCGCAGUGCACUACUCCCCUCGGCUGCCCCCUCCACCACCGGGCAGCAGCUCUGGUGGUGGCGGGAGCAUGUGGAGGACUCAGGGCAUGCAUGGCACCUACACCACCUCCCAGCUCCCCAGCUCCCGACCUAGAUAGGGUUUGGGGGUGAGGGAAAGGGGUGGGGGUGGAGAGGGGAAGGGCGAAGGGCAAUCAGAGGGUGAAGAGGGGGAGAGAAUGAGAGAGAGAGAGAGAGAGACUGGUAGGGAGUGAGAGAGACAGGAUACCUGUUUUCCCUGUGCUCCCACAAGCUGUUGUUCUGAUCGAACAAGGUAAUUGCUGAAAACUACCUCAACAUUGAAUAAACUAUGCAAAUGUCCAGGUGUGGACCAAGGCACUCUCCUCACUCACUGGUGCUUCAAAACGUCUGCACUACCCAACCGCCUCCAAGACCGGCUUCUAUACUGGGAUCUCUGACACACACGUACAUACACACACACACACGCACACACACACACAGUCUCUCACACACACACACACACUAACCACCACCACUAUGAUCACCUUGAGCAGAAUUCAAAGGCACUGGUCAUGUUUAUGUGUCGAGUUCUUUUGGUUAAAAAAAAUGUUGGUUUGAAGAUUUUACAAUAUGGAAGUCAGUACUGGCUGCUGUCCAGCACUGAAUGAACUGAAUUAUCAAAAUGUCUGGUUUAACAUUGAGGUGCUCUAUUGUAUGAUCGUGUAUCAUUUUUGUCGUAGUUACUAUUAUAGCAAUUGUUUUUAAUGAUUUAAUGUAACAUUUAACAACAGAUUGAAGCACACAGUCCACCUUUUUUGAGCUGAAUCUCAUCAGGUGUCACGUUCCCUCCAAAGUUUCACGUCAUGAGCGCUUGUGUGUGCACACUCAAACACAAACACAAACUCAAACACAAACACACACACACUCACAGAGACCAGUUCAUUGAACUCUGCUCAGAUAUCAUGCAGCUCUUUCCUCUCUGCAUGUUUGCUCUCUUAUCUGUUUUCUUCCUUCAGUUGAAUUCAGCAUUUGUUACAACAUAUUGGACUAUGAAACAAGAUGAGGAACUUAAUAUUUUGGUCUAACUUCACACUGGAUAGUAAGAUACAGUUACUCAUGUAGCAGAAGAUAUACACGUCCAGGCUGGUUAGUUGACACCCCUGUUAUGUUGAUGGUUUGCUAUAUUUUUUUAUUUAAGACGAUUAAAAACUUGGGUUAUUCACUGUUAAUUCCCAUUAAUUAAAAGAAAAGUGGUACAAAAAUCUGCUUUUCUCUAAUUUAGCUAGUUCUGGAUGCUCUUGACUCACAAAACUAAUAUCUCCUUUGCUUCUAACUGGAGCAAAACAAAGUUCACAUUCUGAGUAAUGAAAAUAAAUCCUGAUGUGUGGUGUGGUUCAGUGUUUGUCUUCCAAUAUCAGACAUCAACGUCAAUGAAAUCUUCUCUGUUUACUUCAAAUAAUAUCUUUUUGGUCUUUUGUGAUAAUAAUCAGGCAUAUUUCACAUGCAACAUCUAAAUGAAUGAACUGAAGAAUGAAGAAUAUGGAAGAACAUAAGUGUACGUUUUGCAAAUUUCAGCCUAAUUUUGAAACUGUGUUGAAUUAGCAACAUUUCAUGGGGUGCCAAUAGUGAGCAGAGCUGAAUACAUUUAAAUAAAUUUUUUAAAAAACACCCGAUGACUUCACUUAAUGAGAUGGUGCUCUGUGUGGACAUUGUUAGCCACUCUCUGGUAGAGAUCCACUGUUGUCAGAGAGUUUUGGCAACACUGUUGUUAAAGUUUAGUGAAGCUGAAUCCAGGUAUGAAACAAUUCUAGUAAAACCACAGAAGAUCUGAACUAAUUUCUGUAUUUAUUAAUAGCGUUUUCUUUGUCUAUCAAUUUGGUAAAUCGCACUACUUUGUGGGACCGCAGCAGAAGUAUUCUUAAAGCAGGAAUUUUAAACUCUUCUUAAGCUAAUCUUAGUAUAUUUAUCUCUGCUGUUGGAAAAUGCAGGUGUAAGCAAAUGUUAAGGACAUAAAUAUGGACACAUGUAUGUGGAAUAAUACUGCAGUUAACACACACGCACACACACAAGCAUGCAAAUCCUCACACACUGGGAAAACCUAUUUACCAUAACCACAACAAACUACUGGACUCGUUUCACACCUUUUUGUUUGCUUUUUAUUGUGUAAUUUUUUUUGUAAACAAUGUUUGUACUGUGAAUGUGAUUCAUUCUCCGACUGUAUAGUUGUGUAUAAUAUUUAUGCCGUCAGUCUCCAUUUGCCUUGGUAUUUGUUUUUCUCCUCUUUUUUUUUUUUUUUUUUUUAAAUCCUGAAAUGUGUUGACAUUGUAGAAUGCAAUAGUGUGUGUACUUGACUCACAGUCUGAAAACAAUGGUGCUAAAUUUGGACUGUGCCUGAUCUUAUUUAUUCUAUAGUGAAAACAUCAAAAACAAAUCGAAUACUUGGUGCUGUACACAGGGACAUUUGUAAAGCCUUUUUUUGGCAUUUCCUUUCUCAUAUUUAAUAUGCUAUUGUCUGGUUCUUUGAAUGCCAAGUGUACAACGGCAGACACCACCUUUCGAUAAAAAACUACUCUGCAACAGGCGGCUCAGACUCCGAGUAAACAGGUUCAAGGGCCUCUGUUAAUGUUUCUCACUCAGCAGUUUGAAACCGUCAGCACGCUUUGCUCUCCAAGGCGAGCUGCUUACCUGGGCAGUUUGUUAGUGAACAAGACACACUGUUUUUGUACAUAAGUUUGUUUUUCCUUGUAUGUCUCUCCAUCAUAAACUGAAAGAUAUAUAAAAUAUGUAUCUAUAUACAGUCUAUAUAUAUGAACAUAUAUAUAUAUAUAAAUAUAUAUAUAUAUAUAAGUGAAUAGGGGUGUUUUGGUGCUGGCAUUGUGACCCUUAAAUUCAACCUGUUAAACAGGAGGCUUGAAGCCAAGGAGAGCGAAGCUUUGCCACCACAGGACCUUAACAGAUGGCGCCAAACACAGCAGCACCUGUAUACUUGUGAUAUAUAUACACACACACACACACACACACACACACUCACACACAUACACACACGACAGAACUAGAAACUCAGAAGCUGUGUGUAGCUAACACUCACACGUACAGAGGUGUUGUGGCAGCGAACACAACUAGAUUCCAGCACUAGAACUGUUAUCACUUUAAUUAUUUUCUUUCUUUUUACCAACACAGAUUCUGCAGGAAAAAAUGGUGCUUCUGUUCCAAACGAUGGCAAUUUAGAUACAAACUAAGUCUCUACUGGUGCAUAAAAACUACGUGUCAACCUCUUACACACACACUGUCUGUCUUUGAAUGUCUUACUUGACAAGGCCCUACCUUGUAAUGUGAGCAUAUUGUGUAAUUACAAGAGACAAGCUGAUGUGAAACACUUGUGUUAGCGUGUGUGUAGCUUGCUUUGGGAGUGAGAGCAGCCAAGCUUCCUGUUUUUUCUGAUAGUGGGAAUACACUUAAGCUCAGUUUGUGCCUGUGCUUUUUUCCACUUGCCAGUGCAUAUCCAAGGGAAGAUUAGACUAAUAAUAAAAGCUUUAUAGUAAACUCCUGUCCUGCACACUCACUCAGUGAACAAGUGAAAAGAAUUUGCUCAUUUUAGAACGUAAUUAGAGACGAUAGCCAAUUUGUUACCAGCACUGAGAGGUCUUUUGUAAUUAUCGUUGAUGCUGUUUUGAUUUUCUUGUUCUUGGUGUUUGAUACAACUGCAGUUUCAUGUUAUGCUUUUAAUUGUGUCUUCAGAUUCCUGUCAGUUUUUAAUACUACUAGUCAGACAGACAGCACGGUGAUCUCCUUCACUUAAAACAAGGAAAUUGCAGCUAUUGAUAAAUACUACUCUUCUCCUGUUGUGCUGCAGGGUUUAUGGUAGAAUAAUCUUCAACACAAGCUUGCCUGGUGGCUUUCUGGCGGUCCAGUCUAACCUGCAGAAGUUUUGAUCAUCUGGAGGGGGGCAGUGUGGUGUAUGUGCAAGUGAGAAUAAUGAGGCCAAUAUUACAUUCAUUACGGAUUUCAAACAGUUUUGUAGCUACUUGUAUAAUCAAUCAAAGGGAUAAGGUGCUGUUAUUCAAGUCCUUUGGUGCAUGAGCGUGAUUUGAAUUCAAAGCUUCCAUGCAGUUCUCCAACAUGCUCCAUCUUGGUACAUUAUUGGUAGAGCUUUGCAGUCGAGGCUGUUUACUCUUAAUCCUGCCAAGGGUCUCAACUCAGGAACUUCCCUGAUUGCUUGAAAUGGUGUAAUGAUGUUAAUGAAUUUUCAUGAACUACUGCAUGUCACAAAUUUGUUUACCAUCUUGUGGCAUGAUGAAGUCCCUUUCUAACCCAACUCAGGACCAGGACAACCCCCCAGUAAGUGUAUUUAAAGGAAAAUUGGUUCCCUCAGAUGAAUUCUCACUGUCACAUACAUCCAGCCCUCUCCAGUGAAAACCCAGCUCUGUAAAGCUUUAUGAGUCGCUCCGAUCUCGAGAAGCUGUGAAAUGGCUACGACUUUCAGCAUCUUCCUCAUCUCGCAAAUGCCUCUGUCUCGAUUUGUGUCUCUUAAGAAGGAGGUUCAGUGUCCCCCUUGUUGGGAUCCCUCCCGUUUACGUGGAGGGAAACCAACUCUGAAGGACACGUGUGUGACCUACAGUAUGUACAGAUAUCUCUUGAUCGGUGAAGCCAGGGCAGGUUUGAGGUGCAAUAAACGGCAAACCUACUUUCCAAAAGGCCCUGGGUUUUCAUGGGAAACUUGUUACUGUUCGGUGUUGGUGCUUUUAUCCUAAGAUGUUAUAAUGACAAAUGGAAUUAAUGUUUUUUUCUGCAUUUUAUGAUUAUUAAUAAAAAUGUUUCAUAUAAUAUUUGAA